AUGCCGCAGUCGCCAUGCGUCCAAAUACCAGGCUCACCUACCACGGCUGGUUACUACAGCGUCAGGAGACCCUUCACGGCCGAGCUGGAUUUCCACAACACGAAGCAGUUUGUCAGCGAUGUCUACUCACCCCCUCCGGGGUCCAAGCCCCUCUCAUGCGACUCCUCCGCCGUCCAGGGCUACCCGGCACUUCUGGACUCGUAUCUCCCUGACCAAUACGGGGAUCACCACCGUACUGCUCCCUUCACGGCCGGUACCAGCUCCUUCUUCAGCCCUUCCUCGCUGCCCCCUCUCCUGCCGUCCUUCCCUAAUGACACAGCACAUUUCCUACUAAGAGACCCCUGGGAACAGAGCUCUCCCGACAGCCUCGGCCAGUCCGACGGCGCGUGCUCCGACUCCCUCCAAGCGCUGCCUGCCGCUGCCAGCUGCCUUUCCUCCCACGAGACCGGAAGCGCUUCCCCAUACAGAAGCUCAGGCUGGACCCCAGCCGUCCCCGGAGUCCAGUCUUACCCCCUACAUCCUCUUGAAGAGGUCCACUACCCCCCCAGCUAUGCUGCCACCUCACCCUACUCCUUUUCGCCAUUUAUGACUGCGGCAAAUGAGCUCACUUCCAGGAUGAGCCAUCCCUCACCUGAGCAGUCCUCGGAUACGCUGCCCCUUCACGACUCCUCUUCCUGGGCAAAGGAGGAUGGAGGUCCCAGCUGGGGGAUGUACGAUGGCCGGAGAACUUACUGA